UUUCCCACGUCAGGAGGAAGUAGUAUCCAAACAGCUAGCUGCUAACGCGUUUAAAGUAACGUAUAAUUACAGAAUGGACGAAUUGGAGUAUUUAACAUCAUGCAACGCACAAACCCACUGAGUUGUGAGACUCAACUACUGAAACAGCUAACGGUCUACGUUGAAAUGAACGUCCAAAUAUUUGUAGAGACUUGUCGUUGCUGAUACACGAUGAAGAACAACAAAUCCUACAAGCUUGUUCUGCACAAGAAAGGAUUUGGUGGCAGCGAUGAUGAGUUGGUUGUCAAUCCAAAAGUGUUUCCCCAAGUCACGUUGGGGGAUGUCAUUGAGAUUGCACACCCCACCGAUGAAUACAGCCCCCUGCUGCUGCAGGUGAAGAGCCUGAAAGAGGAUCUUCAGAAAGAGACCAUCAGUGUGGACCAGACUGUUGCCCAGGCGUUCAAACUGCGAGCGUAUCAAGACGUCAUAGUUAACAUUGUGGAUCCUAAGGAUGUCACUCUUGACUUGGUUGAGUUGACUUUUAAGGACCAAUACAUCGGCAGAGGGGAUAUGUGGAGACUUAAGAAGAGUCUGGUCAGCACAUGUGCCUACGUCACCCAAAAGGUAGAAUUUGCCGGAAUCAGAGCCCAGGCCAGUGAGCUGUGGGUGAAGGGCGAGAAGGUGACCUGCGGCUACAUCAGUGAAGACACCAGGGUUGUGUUCAGGUCAACAUCUGCAAACGUCUACAUUUUUAUUCAAAUGAGCUGUGAGAUGUGGGACUUUGACAUCUAUGGAGAUCUCUACUUCGAGAAGGCAGUCAACGGUUUCCUGUCUGACCUCUUUGCCAAGUGGAAGGAUAAGAACUGCAGUCAUGAGGUGACAGUGGUUCUGUUCUCACGGACCUUCUACAAUGCUAGAACUAUUGAGGAGUUCCCUGAGAAUCUGCGGGCGUCCAUCAGACCAGAUCAUGAAGGACGCUUUUACGAAGACUUCUAUAGGGUGGUGGCUCAGAAUGAGAGACGGGAUGAAUGGACGUCCCUGCUGAUUACAAUAAAGAAGCUUUUCAUUCAAUAUCCAGUCCUGGUGAGACUGAAGGAAGCAGAUGGCGUUCCGGGUGGUUUCAACUCUACUGCUGCUCAGGGAAACUACCUGGAAGCUAUCAACCUAUCGUUCAAUGUGUUUGACAAGCACUACAUCAACCGCAACUUUGACCGCACCGGUCAGAUGUCUGUGGUCAUCACACCUGGGGUUGGAGUGUUUGAGGUGGACCGCCUUCUCAUGAUUCUCACCAAGCAACGCAUGAUUGACAACGGUAUUGGUGUGGAUCUGGUCUGUAUGGGGGAGCAACCAUUGCAUGCAGUCCCUUUGUUUAAGCUGCACAACAAAGCAUCACCCGGUGAUUCUCGCGUGGGCGACGACUACAACCUUCCUCACUGGAUCAACCACAGUUUUUACACUUCCAAAAGCCACAAUGCUUGUAGCUCCUUCACCCCGCGAAUCAAACUGGCAAGCCGUAAGUUUCAUGCUGAAAAAUCAAAGAGCAACAAAGAUAACAGUUUGUGUGCGCCAAAGGACUCUGAGAACAGCCUGCCCAUACAGGUGGACUAUGAUGCUCACGAUGCGCAGGUAUUUCGACUACCUGGACCUUCUCGGGUUCAAAGAAGCUCCAACGUCAGGAUGGGUCGCGAGAAAGAGACCAGUGGGAGGAAGAGCUGGGGGUCUGUGGAUGUCGGGAGUGGGAUUGGCACGUCGCCUCCUGUCCGUACAGAUGAGCAACGUAGUUUAGCAUCUGAUGAUAGUCUUGGCCCAGUGUCCAACAUGCUUCUGAUACCACGGAUGCCUCCUGCCCAGUAUGAAGUCAGCAGUUCUCUUGGUUACACAAGCACGAGAGACUUGCUGGAGAAGAUGAUGGACUCUCAGCGGGACUCAAGUGCGCCUGGCAGGUUCACUGUGGGGAGUGCAGAGUCCACCUUGCACAUCAGGCCUGGGGGUUACACCCCACAGAGGGCACUGAUAAACCCUUUCACACCGUCAAGGAUGCCCAUGAAACUCACCUCAAACCGCCGUCGCUGGAUGCACACCUUCCCAGUCGGACCUUCUGGUGAGGCUAUUCAGAUCCAUCACCAGACCAGACAGAAUAUGGCAGAGCUGCAAGGAAGCCAGCAAAGAGAUCCAGCCCACACCUCGGCCGAACUGCUGGAGCUGGCCUACCACGAGGCCACUGGAAGGAGAACGACAUCCAGGCAGGGAGCGGAGAACGGUCUGUACAUCAGUGGAGGAGUGGAAGAGUUCCCGGGAAGUCCAAGCAGCAAUAAUGCGUCUCUUACCAGCAGAGGCUCCGCGUUUGAAGACUUCUCUCUAAGCAAUGCCAACCCGACCCUGCUGCUGUCUACGCCUCCGACAGUGCCCAGCUUCUGCUGCACAGUCGGGGUGGACUGGAAGUCCCUCACCACUCCAGCUUGUCUGCCUCUGACCACUGACUACUUCCCUGACCGACAAACACUUCAGAAUGACUACACUGAAGGCUGCUACGACCUGCUUCCACACAGUGACCUGGAGAGGAGGGAAGAUGAUGCUCCAGUGAUGAGUGCCACCCAGGUGUUUGAGGAGUUCAUCUGUCAGAGGUUGAUGCAAGGUUAUCAAAUCAUCGUCCAGACCAACAACAACAGGAAGUCACAACCCAAAGUGGCCACACCCCUUGGCAGCAGCCCUCUUUACACCAGAGGUCUGGUGUCUCUGCGGCGGGCAGAAGAAGAAGAGACUGUUUACUGGCUGAGCAUGGGUCGCACUUUCCACAAAGUCUGCCUCAAAGACAAGAUCAUCACUGUCACUCGAUACUUACCAAAGUACCCAUGUGAGUCGGCGCAGAUCCAGUACAGCUACAGUCUCUGUCCCCCUCACUAUGAUGCUCAGUUUGUGCCUUGCUGGGUGGAGUUUGGCCAUGAACGACUGGAAGAAUACAAGUGGAACUAUCUGGAUCAGUACAUCUGUUCUGCUGGUUCUGAAGAUUUUAGUUUAAUUGACUCGCUGAAGUUCUGGAGGACUCGCUUCCUCCUCCUACCUGCUGGAGGUGCCCGGCGAGUGGCAGACGGAGAGGGACACUGGGAUGUGUACGGAGACGGAGCAAACAAUGGCUCAGGUGGCAGCGCGGACUGGAUCCUGCUGGAUGGGUUCAUCCGCUUCCUGGAGGGUUUAAACCGCAUUCGACGGCGCCACCGCUCCGACAGGAUCAUCAGACAGAAGGGAACUCCAAUGAAGGUGAGCAGCCCUCUGCCUUCAUAUCCAACCGAGCCCGUUGGACCACCACAAGGCAAGAAAGGCACCUCGGCUUUGUCGGCGCUACUGGAGAUGGAGCAGAACCAGAAGACGCUGGAGGAGCAGCAGCAGGUGAAGCCCGCCGCCGCCGUGGUCAGCGAGCUGUCCAGCGUGGUCACAACCUCCACUUAUGUAGACAGCCCACGAAAGGAUGCUGCCUUUAUUUUGGAUUUUAUUCGUAGCCCUCGCUCCUCCUACGUCUAUCACUCUCAGCUACCUGCUGACACUGCUGAGGCUGCUGACAGGGGCGUCCUGUCUGCUGUGACCGCAGGGGCUGCAGCGGCUUCUGCAGGAGAUGCCACCGCCACCACUGAAUCCAGUGGACACUCGGCUGCGGGAGCUUCCGCUCUGUCUUCCUCUUCAACGCUCAUGGAGAUUGUGGACGCCAUUAAACAUCCGACAACUGGGGUGCAGCUCCUGCCGGAGCAGAAGGGUCUGCCUCUGAACGUCUUCAUCAGCGCUGAGGUUGUUCACUGGCUGGUGAACAACGUGGAGGGCGUGUCCACCCCAGGCAUGGCUGUGGACGUCAUGCAGAAGAUGUUGGAUGAGGGACUGGUGGUUCAUGCUUCAGGAGAUGCCAUGCGCACUUUUGUGUAUGGCUUCUACUUCUACAGGAUGGUGGCAGACAAGGACGGCCCCAGUACCCAGCUGCCUCCCACUGUGGCCGGUGGCUGGUCCACCGCCGCCCUGGAAGACUUCGCUCUGUUCCAGAGGAAGUGGUUCGAGGUGGCCUUUGUGUUGGAAGAGCAGCGGCCGUGCGACCUCCCAGCCUUCCUGCUGCCCUGGCUGCCCAGCCGGCCAGCCUCCUACGCAAGUAGGCACAGCUCCUUCAGCCGCAGCUUUGGAGGACGCAGCCAGGCCGCCGCUCUGCUAGCCGCCACCGUCCCCGAGCAGAAGAUGGCCACCCUGGACGUGAACAACCGCAGCGACCGGACCGAGUGGUGCAGCUGCUAUUACCACGGCAACUUCUCCCUCAACGCCGCCUUCGAGAUCAAGCUGCACUGGAUGGCCGUCACCGCCGCCGUGCUCUUUGAGAUGGUCCAAGGGUGGCACAGGAAGGCGGCGUCCUGUGGCUUCCUGCUGGUCCCUGCUCUGGAGGUGCCCUUUGCUAUGACCUCGUACCUGUACGGAGACCCCCUGAGGGCCCAGCUCUUCAUCCCCCUCAACAUCCACUGUCUGCUGAAGAACGGCAGCGACAACCUCUUUGAAGGAUUCGAACCUGAGACCUACUGGGAGAGGAUGCAGCUCUUCCAGGAGGCCAUACUCUACAGGUUUGGCUUCGUGCACGACAAGUUCUCCGCUUCGGCCUUCAACUUCCCUGCGGAGAACAAGCCUCAGUACAUCCACGUGACAGGAACCGUCUUCCUGCAGCUGCCUUACGCCAAGAGGAAGUACUCCAGCGGGCAGCAGCGGCGCCGCAGGAACUCCACCACCUCCAACAGCCAGGGGCCGUUCGGCAGCGAGGAGCAGGCGGGAUACUACUGGGCCUACAACACCAUGCUGACCAAGGCCUGGAGGACCGGCGUGCUGGGGGACGAGAGGCUCGCCGACCGCCUGCUCAGAGACUUCAGCGACUUCUGUGCCAACAAGGACAACAGGUUACUGAACUUUUGGGACAGUUGUCAAGAGAAGAUGAACUCCAGCGCCCCCUAGUGUUUACAGGGGACCCUGUGUGUCACUGUUGUUUUAUUUAUACCGACCUGAGCCAUCUGUUUUGAAAUGACUGCUUAUAAAUAAUAAUCUUAAGAUAUUUUUGGUUCAUGUUCUAUUCCUCCAGCAGCACACACUCUCAUUUUAUCAGCCAAGAUCAUGAACAUUAGUCUCACAAUGACUGCAUGACUUAGAGCAAUACUUGCUUCUUAUUGACCAGCAAUUUUUUUUUGUUUAUUUGUCCGUAUAAAUCAGAUUGUCUGAAUUCAUUCAAGUAAAAUUCUGGAUCCUGAAUAAGAAAGGGGGCACCAGCUGUGAGAGAACAGCUCACACAGAUGAAGAGAGCGCUCAGGUGCUAGUCAACUGUACAGGUUCAAAUCCCAACUAAGCCAAAUUUUUUUGUCAGUUUUUUAGACACAAAAAAAGGAGGUAACUUCACUCAGACUGUCAUUCUGCUCUAUGCACGUCAACAUAGUCUGUUGGUUUUAUUCCUGUUAAAUGUAUCUAAAACCGCCACUGCUGACACAAGUGUUGUACUUGAAUCGGCGUCACCCAUAGGAGACAUCGUGUACAGCAGAGGUUUUUGCGCAGUUGAACAUAAAGCAACAGGUGAUUGACAUUUAAUAAAAUAUAACUUGGGUACA